AUGUCGAAGAAUAAAAUUGGUCCUAUUUGGCAAGAUAGAGAGGUGCUCUUCGAUUUACCAUUCACGUAUUUGAAACUUCACUCCGGGGAAAAAAUCUUCGAUAGGAUCGAGCCGAUAGAAGACACAAAAGGGAACAGUGGUGCCAAGGGACGUAUGGUGGUAACGAAUUUACGAAUCAUAUGGCACUCGAUGAGCUCCCCGAGGAUUAAUCUGUCAAUCGGCCUAAACUGCGUGAUAUCCACAAGCACCAAGGUCGUAAACUCCGGACUCCGAGGUACCACUCAGGCAUUGUACGUUCUUGCCGCCUUCAAGAACAACAAGUAUGAAUUUGUUUUCACCAACCUGUCUCCGAACUGCGUACGCCACUACACCUCGGUUGUUGGGGUUCACAAGGCGUACGCGGGUUCCAGACUGUACCGUGACCUGAAACUUCGGAGCGCCAUUAUACAAAAUAAGCAGCUGAAGAUGUUGCCUUUAGAAAAGAUUUGUAUUCACGAGCACGGUGUAUGGAACCUGUCCAGCGAGUCUGGCAACCUUGGCAGCCUGCUGGCGAGCAACGUGCGCCUCGUUUGGUACGCGGACAUCAACGAGGCCUUCAACAUAUCCAUGCCUUACAUCACCAUUGAGAGUAUUACGAUAAGAAACUCGAAGUUCGGUGAUGCCCUGGUGAUCGUAAUUCACGCUUCUUGCGGUGGUUACGUGCUCGGCUUCAGGGCAGAUCCCCGCGAGAGGCUGCAGCCAUUGCUCGCUGAGCUCCAGACCCUGCAUCAAGCAUACACCGAAAAACCCAUAUUCGGCGUUGAGAUGAACUGGGACACCGAGGCUCCAAACUCUACAUGUGACGAAAUAGAAGAGAUGGAAGAAAUCGGCGAACCGCGCGGGGAGAUGGGUCCCCAUCUCUACUUGGCAUCGCAACUGGCGCAGAACAAAGAAGAUUCAGCUCCCGUCCAGCCAGUUUACAGUCCUUACCUAGGACUGGCUAUUGAGCCAUUGAAAGAGGGGUUCACGCUUAAGAACCUGUUCGAAGUGCAGACCACU